AUGGGCAAGCGCCUACCUGCCGCCGCCACCGCCGCCGCCGCGGUUCGCUCGUACGCCCGCAGCCUUCGCGUCCCAUCCGAUACCGCCGCCGCCGCAUCCGCCGGGAGGGCAACCAAGACGCCGGCAGCCCCGCUGGAUACGCCCAGGAAGUCCGCUGCUGCUGCUGCCGCCGCCGCCGCCGCCAGCUCCGGCCGGGCCGAGGUGCGGGAUUUGGCGGCGGCGUGCGGGCUAGAGGCCGACGAGCGGGUGCCUCUCGCGGAGGUGGUGUCGGACUGCACGAGGCGGUGGUUCCAGGACGCACUCAAGGAGGCGCGCGCCGGCGACAUCACCAUGCAGGUGCUCGUCGGCCAGAUGUACCGCAGCGGAUACGGUGUCAACAAGAACGAGCACAAGGCAAGAGUUUGGAUGGAGAAAGCAUCAAGAUAUCGGUCUACAGUCUGGAAAGUUAGCAAUAAACGUCCAGGGUACAAUGCUAGUGACUCAGACUCAGGCUCAGAUGAUGCUAAGGAAACAUGCAAAUAA